CUCAAUUCCAGGCCAAACCUCAUGGAUCUCGGCAAAUCAAUUUGCUUGCGACUCUCCGAACGAUCGACGACACCCAGCCGCCAGCAGGCCAUUGACCCCCCUCAAUCGCUGCCCGGCCGAGCAGAACCCCGCCACCAACGAUGCUGUCGAGAACAACGGCGGCACCCUCGACGGCGCUGUCGCGGGCCGUGACCCGCCCCGUUGCUGCUGCCGCCGCCGCCGCCGUCCACGCCCAGCAGCAGCCGUCGACGACGACGACAAGGUCCUUCGCCACCGUCCAGGAUGCCGCCCCGGCCAAGCGCACUUACGGCGGCCUGCGGGACCAGGACCGCAUCUUCCAGAACCUGUACGGCCGGUACCCGCCCGACCUCAAGUCGGCCAAGAAGAUGGGCGACUGGCACAAGACAAAGGAGAUAAUAUUGAAGGGCCACGACUGGAUCAUUGGCGAGAUCAAGGCCUCGGGCCUGCGAGGGAGAGGAGGAGCCGGCUUUCCUUCGGGCCUGAAAUGGUCCUUCAUGAACUUCAAGGACUGGGACAAGGACACCAAGCCGAGGUAUCUGGUGGUCAACGCCGACGAGGGCGAGCCCGGAACGUGCAAGGACCGCGAGAUCAUGCGCAAGGACCCCCACAAGCUUAUCGAGGGCUGCCUCGUGGCUGGGCGGGCCAUGAACGCGACGGCGGCCUACAUCUACAUCCGCGGCGAGUUCGUACACGAGGCGGCGGUGCUGCAGCAGGCCAUCAACGAGGCCUACGCCGACGGCCUGAUCGGCAAGAACGCGUGCGGGUCGGGCUACGACUUUGACGUCUACAUCCACCGCGGCGGCGGCGCCUACGUCUGCGGCGAGGAGACGUCGCUGAUCGAGUCGCUCGAGGGCAAGGCCGGCAAGCCGCGCCUCAAGCCGCCCUUCCCCGCCGCCGUCGGCCUCUUCGGCUGCCCGUCGACGGUAGCCAACGUCGAGACGGUGGCGGUGGCGCCCACCAUCUGCCGGCGCGGCGGCUCAUGGUUCGCCGGCUUCGGCCGCGAGCGCAACCAGGGCACCAAGCUCUUCUGCAUCAGCGGCCACGUCAACAACCCGUGCACGGUCGAGGAGGAGAUGUCCAUCUCGAUGCGCGAGCUGAUCGACAAGCACUGCGGCGGCGUCCGCGGCGGCUGGGACAACCUGCUAGCCGUCAUCCCCGGCGGCUCGUCGACCCCGAUCCUGCCCAAGAACGUGUGCGACGACCAGCUGAUGGACUUUGACGCGCUCAAGGACAGCCAGUCGGGCCUGGGCACGGCGGCCGUCAUCGUCAUGGACAAGAGCACCGACGUGGUGCGGGCCAUCGCCCGCCUGUCGCACUUUUACCGUCACGAGAGCUGCGGUCAGUGCACGCCCUGCCGCGAGGGCAGCAAGUGGACCGAGCAGAUCAUGCACCGCUUCGAGCACGGCCAGGGCCGCGUGCGCGAGAUUGACAUGCUCCAGGAGCUGACCAAGCAGGUCGAGGGGCACACCAUCUGCGCUCUGGGAGAGGCCUUUGCUUGGCCCAUCCAGGGUCUCAUCCGCCACUUCCGCCCCGAGCUGGAGAAGCGGAUGGCAGACUACGCACAGCACUCGGGCGGAGCGGCGCUGGCUGGCGGCUGGAACCACGACGCGAGGCAGCAGGGCAAGCUUGUAGCUCCGGGGCAAUAAACGCAGCAGGGUGUGCGCUGCAUCAAACGGGUAGAUACAAAAUAGAACUACCCAGGUGUGCUCCUGUAUCAAAGCCUCGGGAUCGGAGUUGACAAAAAAGCAAGCCAGCCAUGCCCCGUGCGUGCCGCUUGCAAGAUUUUCACAAUGCAUUUCCAGAGCUGUCGCAUGUGAGGGGCCAAAACAGAACAUAACAGGUGCGAAAGCCUCGUCGUUUGAACAUACGUGGAGCCCGACGCCUUGGUGCCAGGUGCCGGGGAAUAGGGGCGGGUGAUGGGUGGGUGUAUUUACUUGCUAUCAAGUUUCUUUGAAUGUUUUCUCAUUGUUUGGUGGGCAUGCUGGUAUUUCUUUAACCUAUGGCUGUGCAGUUCCCUGCGUGGUUCCCUGAUGUGAGGAAGCCGGAGCGUAGAUGCAGGUGGUGGUAUUGUCGGAUAUCUGCCACUGGAAGCCCAUCCUUGCUCGAGGUCGAAAGGCAUGGGAAACGAGGGGAGGGGAUGAUGGGUCGGCUUGCUCCCACAUGGGCACUAUAAUCUGUGCCUAAUGCGAGAUCCGGUUCGAUAGGCUGACAGCUGUUCAUGCCCACAUGUCCCGAGGGCAAGCAAGUGGCUGACCACGUAUUUCUAUGGAUGGAGGGGUGACCUACGGACGGGUAUGCUCACCGCUGAUUUCGGCCGCUGUGGAUUUUUGUGCGGCGGGCAAGGAGGGCGUGAAUCGGCAUGAAACGCCUGUGUCUACCAGCCACUUUUGGUAUAAUAAUGCAUCUUUGGCUGCGUCGUCCCU